UCCAAAACAUUUAAUGUUUGAUUCCAUUUUCUCUUGUGCUUCUUCUGCCUUUUUGCACAUUUUAUCAUCAGCUUCAGAAUGUUUUUUAAUAAAAUUGAUGAUAAGUGUCCAGCUUGCUUUACCCACAAAACCAAAGAGUCGUUUAAAUGUUUUCUCAAAUUGAUGAUAAUUUUCUUCUUCCUGGAUUAGAAAUAAGGGGGUUUUCUUUAAAAAUAUGUUAUAAUUACUGUAUAUGCUCGAAUAAUUACUUUG